AUGUCAACCACUGCAUCCGCCAACGUCGCUUCGUUUCUUCACUUUGAUACGCCGAUGCUGGACCGGGAGUCUGCGGCACUGCUCCAUUUGAUUUCCGAGCACGGGGGAUACGCAUACGUGAGCAUGGCGGUGCUGGCGUCCGGCGGCGACAUUUGUGCGGCGGAGGCGGCGCGUGAGAUGGCGUGGGAGCAGCUUCACUCCGGACCGUGGCACUCCGUUCUGCCCGUGUGGCGCGACGCGUACUCCAUGGCGUGCCUUCACGUGGCGCAGUACCAUUCCGGCAACGGCGAGUUCAGAGAGGCGCUUAAGGUUUUGGAUUUGGGAAUCAUCAUGGGAGGGACGCUCCUCCGCAAGGAUUUGGACUCUGCCGUCGCGAAAGUGUCGGAACAAACACGAAGGAGCGUUAGGGUUUCUGAUUUAGGGGACUCCGAGCACCGUCUCGUGGAUCGGGAAUUUGAUGUGGCUGAGGUGCUCCAACUUUUACCAAUGAAGUCUCUUUCUUCUAAGCUUGUGGUCAAGAAAUCAGCACUGUCGUUGGAUAAAUUCCUGGAGGAUCAUUACCUGUCACACUCUCCGGUUAUUAUCAGUGAUAGUAUGGCUCACUGGCCAGCCAAGGCGAAAUGGAAUGAUGAAGAUUACUUGUUGAGAGUCGCCGGUGACCGCACAGUUCCAGUUGAGGUUGGAAAAAACUAUUUAUGUACUGAGUGGAAGCAAGAGCUGAUUACGUUUUCAGAAUUUAUUCAGCGGAUAAAGUCUGAUGCCUGUUCUCCUAGUGGCCCUACAUAUCUUGCUCAGCAUCCAUUAUUUGAUCAGAUAAAUGAGCUUCGGAAAGAUAUUUUUAUUCCUGACUAUUGUUUUGCUGGUGGAGGGGAGCUACGAUCUCUCAAUGCUUGGUUUGGUCCAGCGGGAACAGUAACACCAUUACACCAUGAUCCACAUCACAACAUACUAGCUCAGGUUGUUGGAAAAAAAUACAUUAGGCUUUACUCGUCAUCUUUGUCUGAGGAACUUUCCCCCCACACUGGUACCAUGCUCAGCAAUUCCAGCCAGGUUGAUUUAGAUGACGUAGAUGAAAGGAAGUUUCCCAAGGUGCAAGAAUUGGAAUUUGUAGACUGUAUUUUAGAGGAAGGCGAAAUGUUAUAUAUCCCGCCAAAAUGGUGGCACUAUGUGCGCUCUUUGACUACAAGUUUUUCAGUUAGCUUUUGGUGGAGUGAGGGUGAAAGUUCGGAUACAUCCUAA